GGACCAAAGAGCUGCUCUCCAUCCCAUUUGUUUGGGGCCAAAAUCCGCCAUGCACAACUGGGUUAUGAUCUCUGGAUAGAGUCAUAUUUUUCAUGUCACUCUGCAAUUAAACGCAUAAACUGGAUUAUUUAAACAAUAUUUUCCUGGAAAAAUGCUUCCCUGCUCAUCAUCCGCGCAGACGGAAGGAUGCGAGGAGGAGAGCGACGGACACAUCCAAACAGAGUGCAACAGACUGACUGAGGAACGAGAUGAGGCACAGAGGCAGCUCAAACAUAUUAAAAGAGUUUCUCAGAUGGUGAUUGAAGAGGUCAGUGUUCUGCAGACUCAGCUCGAGAUCGAAAAGUCUUGCCGAGAGAAUGCAGAGGCCCUGGCCACUAAGCUUAACUGUGAAAACAGGAAACUGAAGUACCUUAGCCUUUCGUCUCGUCCAUGUUUGGAUGAACUGCUUCCAAGCAUCUCUGACUGCAUUGCACUCGAGGCUGAUGUUGACCCUGCAGACUCUGUGGACAACAGCCCUGACACCAUCUCUCAGUGCCAGCAACAGGUUAAAGAGUUGAGGGAGACAGUGACCAGUUUAUUGGAGGAGAAGAAAGGAUUCGUUUGUCAGAUUCACGAACAGCAGAGACAGAUAGAAGAGCUGACCAUACUGUCUGAGAAAAAUCAGGAGGAGAUGAAACAGCUUCGGGAAACAGUUGAACAGCAAAGCAAAACCAUCAAGAGAUUUAACAGAGUCUCUAUGAUGGCAGCUCAGGAGUAUGACGGGAUGAAGGAGCAGCUGGAUUUGGAGCAGAACCUCAGAGUCAAAGCUGAGACCUAUGCACACGAGAUGCUGGUUAAGCAGAAGGAGGCCAACAGACAGAGCAUGCUACUGCUGCAGAGUGCUGAGCCCAGCAUUCAGCUGCUGAAAGCUCUGGAAGAUGUGGCAGCUAUUACUAAAACCCUGGAGGAGGAGCGUCUGCAGCAUCAGCAGAAGGUACAGAGCCUGGAGACCCAGCUAGAGGAAAGCUGCCUGAAGAAAGAGCUGCAGGCUCUUCAGAGACAGCUAGAGCUGCUGGAGGUGGAGAAGAAGGAGGUGGAGGGACGACUGGAGCAGGCGGAGAAGAAGAACGAGGAGCUGGAGGAAAGAGUCCAUGAGCUCCAGAAUAAAAUUGUGGACAGCACCAGCCUUCCUCCGCCAGCACCGGGGGUAGCACCACCUCCCGCCCCUCCCCCACAGCCCCCUCCGCCCCCUCCUCCUCCACCACCGCCUCCCCCACCCCCUCCCCCUUCCAGAUGCAACCCCCUCAGCUCUCUGAUUGCCAUCAUGAGGAAGUCAUCUAAAGGCUCCAAGGCAAAGAUGGAGCCCACUCCAGCUGCUGAAGGGGUGGAUGAUGUCAAGGUGAAAGCGGUGAAUGAGAUGAUGGAGCGAAUCAAACAUGGCGUCGUCCUCCGACCGGUUAAAAGCCAGGAGAGCAAGGUAAGAAGAGCUGGCUGGCUUUUUUUUUUUUUGGUUGUUUUUCUAGUGAUUCCAAAGUUUAGAUUUGGAUCUUUGAGGAUUAUAAAUCGAACAACUUUCCUAUCAUAUGGAUAUAAGAUUUUCUGUCUAUUUGUUCCUGUUUAGCCCUGGUUGUUUCAGUUAAAUGUAGCCAUUGCUAAGUAGGAACACAUCCGGCAUUAUAACCUGUAAUUAGCGGAU